CGGAGACAGCAUCUGUGUCUGCCACAGCCCCUACCUGCAAGUACCAUGAAGGUCUCCGCAGCUGCCCUCUCUGUCAUCCUCACCGCUGCCGCCCUCUGCGCUCCUGCAUCUGCCUCCCCAUAUGCCUCGGACACCACUCCUUGCUGCUUUGCCUACAUCUCCCGGCCUCUGCCCCGCAACCACAUCGCGGAAUAUUUCUACACCAGCGGCAAGUGCUCCAGCUCAGCAGUUGUAUUUGUUACCCGAAAGAACCGCCAGGUGUGUGCCAACCCAGAGAAGAAGUGGGUUCGAGAGUACAUCAACUCUUUAGAGAUGAGCUAGGAGAGGGAGCAUCCCGAACCUGACGUGUAAACUCAGCUGUUGUGCCUCGCUCUAGUCUUAACCAGUUUAGGAAGCUUCUCAAUUGCUACUCCCAUUCAUCCUUGGGAGGCAUGGAUUCUACUACAAAGCAGCAGUGAUACAGCUUCUCCCACUUAAAGCCUAAAAGAGCUACUGUGGCCCUGCCUUAGCAAUGGGAAAUCUCUAGGCUCCCAGCUUCAGGCUUUUCACCUUUCCCACAGCUCUGGGACGAGGAAGGAAAUCAGCAUGCCGCUCAGGCCAAAGAAGCAAGACUGGACUCCCAUAAGAAUUUCCAGUGGCUAGUGUGCCCAUCUCCAGCCCUCACAGUGGCUGACUGGCCAACAUUAGACAUCAGCCUUUCAUUAAAAU